CCUGUGAUCUCAGGUCCUGGGGGGUCCAUAGGGAGAACGCGGGACGCCCAGAAGCCAGGAGAUGGGGCUGUUGACAUUCAGGGAUGUGGCCAUAGAAUUCUCUCCAGAGGAGUGGGAAUGCCUGGACCCUACUCAACGGAUUUUGUACAGGAAUGUGAUGCUGGAGAACCACAGAAACCUAGUUUCCCUGGGCCUUGCUGUCUCUAAGCCAGACCUGAUCACUUGCCUGGAGCAAAGGAAAGAGCCCUGGAGUGUGAAGAGAUACAGCACAUUGGCCAAACCCCUAGUGGUCAGUGGUUGUUUCAUCUUGUCUAGCUAUGAAUUCUCAUUACGCCGAGGGCCUUUUGCCAGCAGAGAGCACAGAAGAGUCACUCACAAAGAUGAUGUUGGGAAGAUAUGGAAGAUUUGACCUUAAAAAUUUACACUUAAGGGAAGAUUGGGAAAGUGUGAAUGAGGGUGAAGGACAAAAUAGAUGUAUUGUACAUAACCAUUACAAAUGUAACAAAUGUGAGAAGGUCUUUCAACAACACCCUGAAUUUACUAUCCACCAGAGUAUCCAUAUUUCAGAAAUGACUUACAAAUAUAAUGAAUAUGAUGACA